AUGUUCUGCUCCCAUACUAGUAACAGAGCCAAUAACAUGAAAGAACAUGUCCGUACACACGACCCUCUCCGUCCCAAAAACUACUCUUGUCCCGUGUGCGACAAGAAAUUUGCUCGAAAGCAUGAUAUGAAACGCCACACCAAAUCUCACAGCCGUUCAAAUGUUCGUCAACCCCGUAGAAAGGCAGCAGCAGUUUAA